AGACAUUACGGUAAUGAGCGUCAUGCUACCAGGAAGGCCAUUGUGUUGUCUGGGUUGCGAGCUAACACACAGACUGAGUUGCGCUUUUUUUCGGCCACAUUUCUGGGCAGCAGCGGAGUGAAACAUGUCCACCAGCUUGCCGGCGGGCGGUCUGAACCUGGAGGCGCAGCUUCUGUCCAUCAUGGACGUGCUGGUGAAGGCGGCGGUGGCGGAGAUCAGUCAACUAUUCUCGGAGAGCUCAUCGUCCCUGCGGCUGCAUCUCAGCCAGAGCCUGAAGGAAAACGAAGCGCUGAGAAUGAAGAUGAAGGUGAUGAGGAGCGAACUCUUCUCCCUGCGGCUCCAGACCAGGACCAACCGACCGGCCAGCCGCUUCUCUCCCAUCAGGGCAAACGUGGCCAAACCCCGUGUUAAAGCACAAGUUGUCAUCAAGUCACCGAUGGCUCAAAAGACUGUUAGAGAAGCUGCUUCUAUCACUCUGCAGUCAGAGGCCAAGACUUCCUCCUCUGCCACUCAAGUACAGCAUGCAGAUGUGGAGAGUCCAGAUGUCAUUCUGAUCAAGGACGAAGAUGACAUCGGAGGAUGCGGACCAGUCGUUGGUCAGGAUGACUUUGGAAACCACAGUAUGCAGGGUGGUGUUGCCACAGGGACUCAGAAUUUAGAGCCAGCUGGUUCCUCGUGCCUGACAGGUGAUAAUGAGGAGCUGAGAAUCGUGAGUGUUCACGGCCGAGGAGAAGGGCUUCUGCAGGAGGAAGGAGACGCCCUAUUCACAGCCUCCGAGCUUCAGGCUUUCAGCUCCCUGUCAGACCACAACGUCACCCAUGACAGCCUCCUGGAUUUCACCACUGGUGCGAGUGACAGAGCACCAAUGAGAGUGAUGCACGAUGACAGUGUUGGACUGGCGAGAAACGCCCACCUGGAAAGAAAUCCCUCCGCUCAAAUGGCGCUGAAUCCUGCGUUAAAAUCACCUGUAAUAGGAGCCGACGGUCAAGUGGGACACUCCAGUCACAUCGGCCAGUUCUCCCAGCAGCAGCAGAACGUCUUCCCUCACGCCGCCAACAAAUCAAUGGACUGCAGCUUCUGCGGUGAGCGCUUCCUCAACCGAGAAGACCUGAUCGUGCAUCGGGCGAGUCACACGGGGGAGUCGCCGAUUCCCUGCUCCCUGUGCGGGAAGUCGUUCGUCAGCAAGACCACGCUGAGCAUCCACAUGCGCAUCCACACCGGGGAGAAGCCGUACGCCUGUCCGCAGUGUGGGAAACGCUUCACGCAGAACGGCAGCCUGAAGAUCCACCUGAGGACUCACUCAGGAGAGAAGCCGUACACCUGCAACCAGUGCACCGCCAGCUUCAACAACCCCAGCAACCUGCGCAGACACAUGAUCACACACAGCACCAACGGGGCGCUCUGACCAUGAGCUCGGUGGCAGAUGCUGUUUCCUCGUUCAUUGUGACUCGGUACUGUUUCUGAAAACUCAAGAAACAGUGUUUAUUUCAAACAUUUUUUACAAAUACAAUACCUGGGCAUGACUGUUGUUGGUUCACCCCAUGAAAUCAACACCCGACGACGUAUUUCACUGAUGUCAAUCUACUAUUUGCCAUCACCGGCUUAAUAAUACAAGCAACUGUUAUGGCAAAAUCUCUGUUUAUUCAGUUUCUCUUGCUUUGCAGUGUUGACUUUUAUUAUUAUUAUUAUUAUUAUUAUUAUUAUUAUUAUUAUUAUUAUUAUCUCUAUCUUUUUACUUACUAUUCUAUUUGUGCUUGCACCAAGAGCACCAGAGAAAAUUCCUUGUAAGUGUAAAAACCUACUUGGCAAUAAAACUGAUUCUGAUUCUGAUUCUGAUCUUCAUAUUGCCACACUCAAGAUAUACAAAUGUGAUUGAGUGAUAGGGAUCGGUGAUGCCAAGCUUUUUAAAUUUGAUAAGAAACCGACAGUUUUGGUUACAUUUUUAACUACAUUUAUACUUGCCGUUUAAAGUGGUUCUGUGGUUUUCCUAACCGAUGGUCAUUUUUAGAAAAAUAAAAUCAUUGUACUUUACCACUCUUACUGGAUGUUAGUAGCAUUUUUUAUACUAAAGCAGAUAUGAUUGCAAAAAAAGUACAAUACAUCCAGAAUUUUAUCGAAACAUUGUGAUUAAAUAACAAUAAAAAUACAAAUAUAUGCACGGUUGUGUGCUUGGGAUGACGUGACACUGUGAUUUUAUAUGUCAGGGCUGUUUUGGCACAAACAAAAAAGUCAUGAAAUUGUUUGAAGUGAUGCAGCUGCCCACAUUUUGUAUUUAUAUUGUUUUGUUGGUGAUAUUUUUUUAAAGGAAUCAACAACAGAUGGGUAAUUUCUGAGUACUGAUGUGCCAUCCCUAGUGACUGCUGGUGUUGGAGUGUUUUAAACAUUUGCAAGUUACUCUUUUCUCACAUUGCAGAACAGUUUUAGACAUGGUUUCAUCAGUUUUACCAUUAAAACUUGUCUGAAAUUGAAAAAAUGCAGCUCAUUUUUCUGUCACUGCAGAAGGAGGGGGUAAUUGAGAAUGCCAUUUUCUUAAUUCUCACAUCUUUCUGUGUACACAUGUUUCAUUUACAAACAAACUACCUCUACUGUUGUGUCUGUUGCAGCUCUCUUUUUCCUGUUUUUGUACUUUCUGGAUAGUAACAAACUGGGCAAGUCAGAGUGGGUUCUGUCUGUGGAUUUGCAGUUCUGAAUAAAUACAUAUUUUUCUUCCACGCA